ACAUUCAAUUUGCGGAACAUAGUUGACAAUAUUUUUUUUGUUUACACCACGGCCAUGGUUUAUUGUUUUAUAGCGCCUUCACUAAUUGAUACUGUUGUAGUGUUGUAGUAGUAAUAAACUACUCAAAAUUACUAUUUGGAGUUAGUUAUUCGGGAAUCAAAGGCACGUCCGACUGUCUUAGAACCGUUUUUGAUUUGAUUCGACUUUUGUUCAAUAUUCCAGUCCACAGAUUAGCAUAAAACCAUCCUACGAUCAUUACAUAGCUCACCGCCUGCCUGGUGCGACUGUGCGAGUGUGUAUUUUUCGGUCUGAGGUCUCGCCGAGUGACCUGUUCCGACAAUUUACUCGUAAGUCCUUCGUUAACAGGUGAUAUCGUUGUGGAAAGAUCAGCCAUGUACAACACUAGAAGUUCAAGUACGGAAAAUCUAUUUUUGUGGUGGUAGCCACGGUAAUCAGUAUAAUAUCAGAAAGGUUGAAACUUUCAAACAACAACAACAACCACAGCAGCAGCAGCCAACAAUUAUUAAUAUGGAAAAUUGUAUAACACCAAAAACAACUAGUCAAAUGAAAAACCAAGUUCAACAACAAUUCAUGCCCUCGCAUGAUGUACCAUUGCAAUCAACAUGUCCCAAACCAGAUGUUGAAACUCAAAUACCCCCAAGCUCGGUUACUCAAACAUCUCCUGUUAAAGAUGUUAAGAAUAAACAAAUAAAGCUUGAAAAAGAAACAUCAAUUAGCGAGAAGUCAGAUAUAAAAUGGCCCAUCAAACGAAAAAUUAAUAAAAAAGAAAGAAAAAAGCGCUUAAAUGCUCGAAUGCGUCGUUUAGUAACUCCUAAAAGUCCAUUAAUGGUCUUCUCUGAGUUGUUUAAAGAUGUACCAAUUCAAUUACAAGAGCAAACAAUAAAUAAUGUUAUGGGUUACACUGCUACAUUUGAGAUUGAUGGGCAAAGGUAUACUGCAAAUCACGUUUCCAAGACUCAAGCCAAACAAAAGGCAUGUGAAAAUUUCUUGCGCAUUAUGUUGGCCAAAAAAAUAAGUGAGCGAUCUGAAAAAAAAGAAGAAUCUCCCAUGGAAACAGAGAUGGAAGAUGGAGAAAAUGGUAUUGUUUCUAAACCUAAAGGACCCCCACAGGAGGAUUUCCCAUGGCCACAUUUCGCUUCAUUAGCUAUGCAUAACUUAAUACAUCAAUGGGAACUGCAGCCUGUUUCAAAAGCUAUUAAUUUACAAGAAGAACAAUCAAAUGCCAUAAAAUUGCAACCAAAGUCAAAGGCAGGUGCUAUGAGAAAAUUUCCUGAUGACCCAAGGAAUUGCAAUCCAAUACAAUUAAUAAAUCAAAUGAAGCCUGGUGUCAAAUUUAUUGAAACUAUUAUUAGUUCAAAAACACCAUCAGUUUUUCAAGUGAAUUGUGAAAUAGAUAAUGUUCCAUUUAGUGGACAAGGAUCAACGAAAAAGGCUGCUAAGAAGGAAUGUUGUAUAGCAGCUAUCAAAUAUUUUUGGAAAUUUGAUUUCCAUGCUAUAGAAGAUAGUUCAUUCACUAUGAAAUAAAUAUAUAUAAAAUAAUUUAUGUUUGUUUGUGUACUAGAGAACUUUAUUAGUCUACUGUAAUUAUUUUGUUUUCAUAUCUUCUAAGGAUAUUUAGUGGUAAUUACUGUAURAACAUGUAUUACUUGUAAUAUUUAUUACUGUUUCCAUUUUAAAAACAUCAACUUAUACCUAUACCUAAUAUUAAGUUGAUUUGAAUUCUCAAUCCAAUAGUUAUUAAAAUCUAAAAUAGAUAGGUUAUAUAUCAUAUAUAGCUAAUAUUGUAUAUUUUAAUACACAUUUUGGAUAUUAAUACACUUAAAAAAAAACUUUGUUGUAGGAAUACUUAUAACAUAAAUAAUUUUCUCUGCAAAAUCUAAACCUAGAACCAUUGUGUAAAAAGAAAAGAUUAGACAGGAUCACAUUUUUUAAUCUUGGGUAGAACAGGGUGUGGGRAAAUUAACCAGUUGUACUCUGGACAGUAUCUUGAGCUGAAAAAAAAUUUCCAAACAACCAAUAUUUUGGUUCUCAAUAAUAACUAAUAACUAAGUCACAAAAAUAUAAUUAUUUUUUUUUAUUAUUAACUACUGAUUAGAAAUUGGCUAUUUAGUAUUAUUGUGCACUUUAUUGAUAUUUCUCCAUUGAGUAGAGUAUGUCAUUUUUAAUAGUAYAUUUAAUAAGUAUAAAUGUUUGUUUUUUGCAAAUUAUAAUUAGUGUGUAUAUUUCU